AUGGCGGACACGGAGCUGUCCCAGAGCACGCUGGUGUUUGGGCUCCGCAUGUGGGUGCUCGUCGGCAUCGGCGUCGGUGCCGCCUUCGUGCUACUGCUCGUCCUCAUCUCCGUCCUCUGCCUCCUCGCCUUCCGCCGUCGCCGGCGCCAGCGGCCGCCCAACCCCGCCCAGCAGCUCCCAACCACCGCGCCUCCCAAGAGUCCCGCGAAUGUCAAGGCGCUCAAGGACAUCCAAGAAGUCCCCUCCCACGCCGCCGCCGCCGCCCCAGCGAAGACGCCGCUCGCGCAGGUGCUCCAGCUCCCCACGCCACCGGUCUCCGAGCAGAUCGUGACCGGCAAGGAGCAUCACGUCACGUACCCGGAGCAGCAGCAGCACCAGCACCCCAGCCACCGGAGCGACGGGCCUUCGCCGCGCGGCAACGGCGAGAGCCGCGGUGGGCGAGGUGGUGCCGCCACGGACCACGCGCCACCGGCGGUGCCGGAGGUGUCCCAUCUGGGGUGGGGCCACUGGUACACGCUCAAGGAGCUGGAGACGGCGACCGGGAUGUUCGCCGACGGGAACGUGAUCGGCGAGGGCGGGUACGGGAUCGUGUACCGUGGCGUGCUCGAGAACGGCACGCAGGUCGCCGUCAAGAACUUGCUAAACAACAGGGGGCAGGCAGAGAAGGAAUUCAAGGUUGAGGUUGAAGCGAUCGGGCGUGUGCGACACAAGAACCUUGUGCGCCUUCUAGGAUACUGUGCUGAGGGUAAUCAGAGGAUGCUUGUAUAUGAGUAUGUUGAUAACGGGAACUUAGAACAAUGGCUGCACGGGGAUGUUGGGCCCGUAAGCCCUCUCACCUGGGAUGACAGGAUGAAAAUCAUACUGGGAACAGCAAAAGGGUUAAUGUAUUUGCAUGAGGGGCUUGAACCAAAAGUGGUUCACCGUGAUGUCAAGUCAAGCAACAUCCUUCUGGACAAGCAUUGGAAUGCUAAGCUCUCGGAUUUUGGACUUGCAAAGCUUUUAGGUUCAGAAAGGAGUUAUGUCACUACAAGAGUUAUGGGAACUUUCGGGUAUGUUGCUCCAGAGUACGCAGGGACUGGAAUGUUGAAUGAAACAAGCGACAUAUAUAGUUUUGGGAUUCUUAUUAUGGAGAUAAUAUCCGGUAGGGUACCAGUGGAUUAUAAUAGGCCACCAGGAGAGGUGAAUUUAGUUGAUUGGCUUAAGACGAUGGUAAGCACCCGAAAUUCAGAUGGGGUUGUGGAUCCAAAAAUACCCAAGAAACCUUCUUCAAGAGCAUUGAAGAAGGCUUUGCUAGUGGCGCUGAGAUGUGUAGACCCUGAUGCUCUUAAGAGACCAAGGAUUGGGCAUGUCAUUCACAUGUUUGAAGUCGAUGAUUUCCCAUACAGAGAUGAUCGCCGAGGCAGUAGAGCACCAGGACAAGCAAGAUUACCAGAGACACCGGCAGGCGGAUCAGGUCAACCUGAGACUGACAAUAGAGGAAACGGCGGCUCCACACAAGCUGAACCCUUUAGAUGGAGAAACCCAGAGGCUUAG